CGCAGCCUGACACGUCGCGCGGCCCCCCAGUCUCCCACGGCCGCUCCCCCAGGCAUGGCACAGGGCCUCGCCUCACUAUGGCAGCAGCGCGGCACAGCACGCUUGACUUCAUGCUCAGCGCCAAAACUGAUGGUGAGACCAUUCUAAAAGGCCUGCAGUCCAUUUCCCAGGAGCAGGGGAUGGCGGAGUCGGUGCACACCUGGCAGGACCAUGGCUAUUUAGCAACCUACACAAAGAAGAACGGCAGCUUUGCCAAUUUGAGAAUUUACCCACGUGGAUUGGUGUUGCUGGACCUUCAGAGUUAUGAUGGUGAUGCACAAGACAAAGAAGAGAUCGACAGUAUUUUGAACAAAGUAGAAGAAAGAAUGAAAGAAUUGAGUCAGGACAGUACUGGGCGGGUGAAACGAUUACCACCCAUAGUGCAAGGAGGAGCCAUUGACAGAUAUUGGCCCACCACUGAUGGGCGCCUGGUUGAAUAUGACAUAGAUGAAGUGGUAUAUGACGAAGAUUCACCUUAUCAAAAUAUAAAAAUUCUACACUUGAAGCAGUUUGGAAAUAUUCUCAUCCUUAGUGGGGAUGUUAAUUUGGCAGACAGUGAUUUGGCAUAUACCCGGGCCAUCAUGGGCAGUGGCAAAGAAGAUUACAUUGGCAAAGAUGUACUCAUUCUGGGAGGUGAAAAUGGAGGCAUAUUGUGUGAAAUAGUCAAACUAAAACCAAAGAUGGUCACUAUGGUAGAGACUGACCAAAUGGUGAUUGAUGGGUGUAAGAAAUACAUGCGAAAAACGUGUGGCGAUGUCUUAGACAAUCUUAAAGGAGACUGCUCUCAGGUUCUAAUAGAAGACUGUAUUCUGGAACUGAAGAGGUAUGCCAAAGAAGGGAGAGAAUUUGAUUAUGUGAUUAACGAUUUGACAGCUGUUCCAAUCUCCACGUCUCCAGAAGAAGAUUCCACAUGGGAGUUUCUCAGACUGAUUCUUGACCUCUCAAUGAAAGUGUUGAAACAGGAUGGGAAAUAUUUUACAGGGAACUGUGUCAAUCUGACAGAAGUGCUGCCGCUCUAUGAAGAACAGCUGGGGUGCCUGUACUGUCUUGUGGGAUUUUCAAAGGAGAUCCUCUGUGUCCCUUCAUACUUGGAAUUGUGGGUAUUUUACACUGUUUGGAAGAAAGCUAAACCCUGAAGAUCAGUAGCCCCUAAUCACAUGUGCUGCAAAUAGCCUUCCUGACCUCCAUAUGCUGUACAUGACAUCAAAAUGAGUCAGGCAAUUGAUUGUGAAUUCCUUAAAAUUUUCCUUUUUUUAAUAAUUAUUUUUAAUUUAAAAAAGCAAAUGGAAAAUGUAUAUUUUGAUGAGCUUAGGAUGUUAUUUUUUUUGAAAGUCAGAUGAAGGAUGGUUAGGCAGCACAGCAAAGACUGCUAAAUUCACUGACCCCCCCAUUAGAAUGUGAUUUUUGUUCUUUUUUAUUUCUCUGUGGGCUUUUGUUUUUGUUUUUGUUUUGGUAGAUCUUCAAUUUGGAUAUUUGGAGGAGUGAACAUCAUUGUUUUGCUGGAGGGAAGAUCUUGAUGGUGUUUCUUUCCUCAAAAAUUGACUUAGAUAUUAAAAUUUGGUGCUUAUAAGAGAGAGUUUGAAAAAAUAGGAUUGCUUCAAUUAAAAUGACAAAAGAGACAAAAAAAACCUUGCUAAUGGUCUAUCAAUCUUAUUUAUCUUUUCAAAGAACCUGCUUUUUGUUUCAUUUAUCUUUUGUGUUUUUUUUUUGUUUCCAUUUCAUUUAGUUCUGUUCUGAUCUUGGUUAUUUCCUUUCUUCUGCUGGGGUUGGGUUUGCUUUGUUCUUCUUUCUCCAGUUCCUUGAAGUGUGACCUUAGAAUGUCAGUGUGUGCUCUUUCAGUCUUUUUGAUAUAGGUGUUUAGGGUAUGAACUUUCCUCUUAGGAUUGCCUUUGCUGUGUCCA